UUAAAAACGUGUGCGCUUUAAAACAUUUCACUGCGUUUCCUGUGGGAUUUAGCAGAUUUUUUGAUGCAGCAACACAGUUUUCGUUGUAGUUUUAUGAGCUAGCUUCUUCCAGCUGAGUUCGUGAGGUCGCAGGUCAAUGAUGACAGCUCACGGUCACUGCUCGUUGAGUGCUGUUUUACUGUGUCUGUGUGCUUGUUUGAGCGCAAAAGACGCUGGACUCGCAGUGAAGCCUGAUGCUGAACCUCAAGUGGAGCCUACUGCUGAACCUCCAGUGAAGCCUGUGGGUGUUCAGCCUGAGCCUCCUUUGCAGCCUGUUGGCGAACUGCCCGAAACUCCAGUGGAGCAUGGCACCGAACUGAAGCCACCAGUGAUGUCUGCUACUGAACUGCCUGUGCCUCCAGUAAAGCCUACCAUCAAACUGCCUAAGCCUCCAGUGAAGCCUGCCACUGAAUUGCCAAAGCCACCAGUGAAACCUGCUGCUGAACUGCGUGACCCUCCAAUGAAGCCUACCGUAAAACUGCCCGAGCCUCCAGUGAAGGCUUCCACUGCAUUGUCCAAGCCACCAGUGAUGCUGGCUUCUGAGCCUCCAGGGAAACCUGUUGGCGAACUGCCCAAGCCUCCAGUGACUCCUACCACAGAGCCUCCAUUGAAGACUCUCAGCAAACAACCCAAGCCACCAGUGACACCUGCUUCUGAACUGCCUGAGCCUUCAGUGAAGCCUACCGUCAAACUGCCCGAACCUCCAGUGAAACCUGCCACUAAACUGGUAAAAGAACCAGUGACCCCUGCCAUUGAGCCUCAUGUGAAUCCUGUCGGAGAACCACUCAGGCCUCCAGUAAUGCCUGCCACCGAGCCUCCCAUGAAGCCUGUUGGCGAACCCAAGCCUCCACUGAAGCCUGCCACUGAACUGCCCAAGCCACCAGUGACGCCUGCCGCCGAGCCUCCCUUGAAGCCUAUCAGCGAACUGGCCAAACCUCCAGUGACGCCUGCUGCUGAGCCUCCCUUGAAGACUGUUGGUGAACCCAAGCCUCCAGUGAGGCCUUCCACCGAACUGCUCGGGCCACCAGUGACGACUGCCACCGAACUUUCUGCAGUGAAGCUUGCCAGCGAACUGACCAAGCCUCCAUUGAAUCCUGCUUCUGAAUUUCUCAAGCCACCAGUCACAGCUGCCGCUAAGCCUCCAUUUAAACCUGUUGGCGAACUGUCCAAGCCAUCAUUGACUCCUUCCACUGAGCCUCCAUUGAAGCCUGCCACUGAAUUACCCAAGCCACCAGUCACAGCUGCCGCCAAACUUCCAUUGAAACCUGUUGGCGAACUGUCCAAGCCUUCAUUGACUCCUGCCACUGAGCCUCCAUUGAAGCCUCUCAGCGAACUACCCAAGCCACUGGUGACAUCUGCUGCUGAACUGCCUGAGCCUCCAGUGAAGCCUGCCAGCGAACUGCCUAAGCCUCCAUUGAAGCCUGCCACUGAAAUACCCAAGCCACCAGUCACAGCUGCCACCAAGCCUCCAUUGAAACCAGUUGGUGAACUGGCCAAGCCUCCAGUGACGCCUGCCGCUGAACUGCCUGCACCUCCAGUGACGCCUACCUCUGAACUUCCCAAGCUACCAGUGACUCCUGCCACAAAGCCUCCAUUGAAGCCUCUCAGUGAACUACCCAAGCCACCGGUGACAUCUGCUGCUGAACUGCCUGAGCCUCCAGUGAAGCCUGCCAGCGAACUGCCCAAGCCUCCAUUGAAGCCUGCCACUGAAAUACCCAAGCCACCAGUCACAGCUGCCGCCAAGCCUCCAUUGAAACCGGUUGGUGAACUGGCUGCACCUCUGGUGACGCCUGCCGCCGAGCCUCCCAUGAAGCCUGUUGGGGAACCCAAGCCUCCACUGGAUCCUGCCACUGAACUACCCAAGCCAUCAGUGACACCUGCCGCCAAACCUCCCGUGAAGCCUGUCAGUGAACUGGCCAAACCUCCAGUGAUGCCUGCUGCUGAACUGCCCAAACCACUAGUGACACCUGCUGCUGAACUGCCUGAACCUCCAGUGAAGCCUGCCAGAGAACUUUCCGAGCCUCCGUUAAAGCCUGCAAAUGAAUUGCCCAAGCCACCAGUGAUGCCUGCCGCCGAGCGUCCCAUGAAGCCUGUCAGCGAACUGGCCAAACCUCCAGUGACGUCUACCGCUGAGCCUCCCUUGAAGCCUGUUGGUGAACCCAAGCCUCAAGUGAGGCCUUCCACCGAACUGCUCGGGCCACCAGUGACGACUGCCGCCGAACUUCCUCCAGUGAAGCUUGCCAGCGAACUGCCCAAGCAUCCAUUGAAGCCUGCUACUGGAUUGCCCAAGCCACCAGUCACAGCUGCAGCCAAGCCUUCAUUGAAACCUGUUGGCGAACUGUCCAAGCCUUCUUUGACUCCUGCCACUGAGCCUCAAUUGAAGCCUCUCAGAGAACUACCCAAGCCACCAGUGACACCUGCUGCUGAACUGCCUCCGCGUCCAGUGAAGCCUACCUCUGAACUUCCCAAGCCACCAGUGACUCCUGCCACUGAAAUACCCAAGCCACCGGUCACAGCUGCCGCCAAGCCUCCAUUUAAACCGGUUGGUGAACUGGCCAAGCCUCCAGUGAUGCCUGCUGCUGAACAGCCUGCACCUCCAGUGAUGCCUGCCACCGAGCCUCCGUUGAAACCUGUUGGUGAACUCUCCAAGCCUCUGACUCCUUCCACUGAGCCUCCAGUGAAGCCUACCAUCAAACUGUCUGAACCUCCAGUGAAACCUGCCACUGAACUGACAAAAGAACCAGUGACCCCUGCCAUUGAGCCUCAUGGGAAGCGUGUUGAUGAACUGCCCAAGGCACCAGUGACCGCUGCGGCCAAGCCUCCAUUGAAACCUGUUGGUGAACUACCCAAGCCACCAGUGACAUCUGCUGCUGAACUGACCGCAGCUCCAUUGAAGCACGCCACUGAACUGCCUUCACCGCUAGUGAUGUCCAAAACUAAAUUGCCCAAGCCAGCAGUGACUCCUGCCGCAGAGCCUCAAUUGAAGCCUUUCGGUGAACCAUCCAAUCCACUAGUGACACCUGCCGCUGAACUGCCCAAGCCACGAGUGACUGCUGCCACCAAGCCUCCCGUUGAAGAACUGCCGGCACCUUCAGUGAAGCCUGCCACUGAACUUCCCAAGCCACCAGUGACACCUGCCGCCGAGCCUCCUGUGAAGCCUGUCAGGGAACUGGCCAAACCUCAAGUGACGCCUUCUGCUGUACUGGCCAAACCUCCAGUGACGCCUUCUGCUGAACUGGCCAAUCCUCCAGUGAUGCCUUCUGCUGAACUGGCCAAACCUCCAGUGACGCCUUUUGCUGAACCGGCCAAACCUCCAGUGACGCCUUCUGCUAAACUGCCCAAGCCACCAGUGACACCUGCUGCUGAACUGCCUGCACCUGCAGUGAAGACUUCCACUGAACUGCCCAAGCCACCAGUGACACCUGCCGCUGAACUGCCUGUGCCUCUAGUGAAGCCUGCCAAUGAACUUCCCAAGCCACCAAUGACUUCUGCUGCAGAGCCUCAAUUAAAGCCUCUGGGUGAACUGCCCAAGCCACCAGUGACCACUGCCGCUGAACUGCCUCCAUUGAAGCCUGGCAGUGAACUGCCCGAGCCACCAGUGAUGCCUAGCGUCAAUCCUCCCAUGAAACCUGUUUGUGAACUGCCCAAGACUGACUGCGAACCACCUCCAGUAACUCCUACCUCCGAGUCUCCAAUGAAGCCUCUCUGUGAACUACCCAAGCCACCAGUGAUACCUGCUGCUGAGCUGCCUGAAACUCCAGUGAACCCUACCGUUAAAAAGCAUGAACGUCUGGUGAAGCCUGCCACUGAACUGUCUAAGCCACCAGUGACGCCUGCUGCCGAACUGCCCAAGCCACUAGUGACGCCUGCCACAGAGCCACCCAUCAAGACUGUCGGUAAACUGCCCAAGCCACCAAUUACCCCUGCCAUGGAGCCUCCCCUGAAGCCUUUCAGUGAACCUGAGUCUUCAAUGAAGCCUGUCACCAAAUUGCUCAAUCCACCAGUGACGCCUGCCACUGAACUGCCUCCCAUGAAGCCUGUCGGUGAACUCAAGCCACCAGUGACGUCUGCCGCUGAACUGCCUCCCAUGAAGCCUUUCGGUGAACUCAAGCCACCAGUGAAGCCUUCCAGUGAACUGCCUGAACCUCCAGUGACUCCUUCCACUGAGGCUCCAUUAAAGUCUCUCAGCAAACUGCCCAAGCCACCAGUGUCUGAACUGCCUGAGCCUCCAGUGAAGCCUACCGUGAAACAGCCUGAACGUCUAGUGAAGCCUGCCACUGAAUCAUCUAAGCCACCAGUGAUGCCUGCUGCUGAACUGACUAAGCCACUAGUGAUGCCUGCCACAGAGCCUCCCAUGAAGCCUGUUGUUGAACUGCCCAAGCCACCAGUGACACCUGCUGAUGAACUACCUGAGCCCCAAGUGAAGCCUACAGUCAAACUGGCUGAAACUGUAGUGAAGCCUGCCAGCGAGCUGCCCAAGUCACCAGUGACUCCUGCCGCUGAGCCUCUCGUGAAGCCUUUCAGCAAACCUGAGCUUCAAGUGAAGCCCAUCACCAAACUUCCCAAGAAACCAGUGACGCCUUUCACAGAACCUCCCAUGACGCCUGCCACAGAACCUCCUGUGAAGCCUAUCGUUGAACUUCCCCAGCCACCAGUGAGACCUGCCGCUGAACUGCCUCCUUUGAAGUCUGCAGGCAAACUGCCCAAACCUUCAGUAAAGUCUGGCACCAAACUGCCCCAGCCUCCAGUGACGCCUGCCACUGAGCCUCAAUGGCAACCUGUUUGUGAACUUCCCAAGACAUCAGUGACACCUAUUUCUGUACUACCUGAGCCUCCAAUGAAUUCUGCUGGCCAGCCUCCAGUGAAUCCUGCCAGCGAAACACCUGACUAUCCUUUGAAGUCUGCUGAUGAACUGCCCAAGCCUGCCAGUGUACUAAAUGAGCCUCCCAUGAAGUUUUUGAGCAAACUGCCGAAGCUUCUAGUGAAGCCUUUUGGGAGGCCUUCAUUGAAGCCAGCCGCCGAGUUGCCACCAGUGACGCCUCCUGCCAAGCCUCCAUUGAAGCCUAUUGUCAAACUGCCUAAGCCACCAGUGAAGCCUGUCGCCAAGCCUCUAGUGAAGCCUGUCAGUGAACUGCCCAAGACUCCAGGGACGCCUGCCACCAAACCCCCUAAGCUUCCAGUAAAGCCUCCCCCCAAACCUUCAGUGAAAUUUACUGCUGAACUGCCCAAGCCUGCAGUGAUGUUUGCCACCAUACUGCUCAAGCCUCCAGUGAAGCUUGCUGCUGAACACCCUAAGCCUCCAGUAAUGCUUACUGCUGAACUACCUAAGCUUCCAGUGAAGUCUGCCCCCAAGCCUCCAGGGAUGAUUGCCACCAUACUGCUCAAGCCUGCUCUGAAGCCUCUAGUGAAGCCUGCGCCCAAGCCUCCAGUGAAGCCUGCCCUCAGGCCUCCAUUGAAGCUUGCUGUUGAACCACCCAAGCCUCCAGUGAAGCCUGCCCCCAAGCCUCCAUUGAAGCUUGCUGUCGAACCACCCAAGCCCCAGUGA